AUCCACAUCUGCCAUCUAUUGGUGAGUGUUAAAUACAAGUAAUAGUACAUAUCUUGUAUUAAUUAAUUGAUAUUCCUUCAUUUUAUAAGAAUAAAUACAAUAGGUUCUACAGUGCUUUUACAUAAUUUUUUAUUACUAAAUUAGCUCUGGAUAUCUUCAGAAGAUACGAGAAUAUAUGGUUUAAAAUGACUCAGAGGUUAGGCUAGAUUUUUCUACACAUAUUUUUUAUGAAAAUAAUUACGGAAUUUCUCCGCUAGAGACACCAGACACCUGAAACAAGCAAAUUUGCACUUCGCCGUAAUAAACUGUGAAUUCGUUUUAGUUACACACCAUAUUCAUCUCUAUGCAAAUAAAAUAAUGGAUCGUUGUAUGAAAUAAGUCCAAAAGCAAACUUUCUAUUCCAAUCUUGUCAUGGAUAACGAAGUAAAGCCCGAGCUUGAUGAAGUAACAUCACCUGAAAAUGUAGAUUCUACCUCUCAACCCGACUGUAAAAUUCAAGCUGAAUCUGAAAAUUUUGGCAAUUGUAAACCUUCUUCAGUGGCAAAUGAUAAUCAAACACACUCUGAUAAAAACCUCGAUGACAGCAUAGACCAAACAAAUUCCAAGAAGUCAAGAGAACUCAAAUCACUACUAGCUCUUUCUAAAGAAGCUAACCUAAAGACUAACAUUUCUCAUAAAAGGAAAAAGGAUGUGAAAGACUCUUAUAAAGGGCAGUCAGAUAUCGAAUUAAAAAAAUCAAGCAAAGUAACUUCAGAUAACAAACAAAGUUUCAACUAUCCAGUGACAGCUGAAGCUGAGCUAGAAGAAAUCGAUGAAGAAGAUGAUAAAAUGGAAAAUGGAUCGCAUAAGCUUGUGAAACGAAAAAGGGAUCGUUCUAAUGAAUCAAUGGAUAAGUUUUUGUCAGAAGAUGGUAAUAGAAAAAAUAAGAAAGCUGUACAUGGGGACGUUAAAGUAUUUAAACCGAACAAAGAUGCUUUUUGCUGGCGUUGUCACAGAGAAGGUGUAAAUGUGGUUUGUGAAACUUGUCCUAGAUCUUAUCACCAAAAAUGUCUUAAACAAACCAUAAUGGAUGUUAAUCAUUGGCCAUGUCCCGAAUGUGUUGCUAUACUAAAAGCUGAGAGCACACAAACAAGAUCACCAGCUAUGAAAGGAAUGACUUUAGAACACCUUUGCAGUCUACUAAAAUUUGCGGUUAAUAGAAUGAUGCAAUGUCAAGGGUCUGAACCAUUUUUACAUCCGGUUAGUGAAGACGAUUUUCCAGAUUAUAGAAAAUAUAUAAUUCAGCCCAUGGAUUUAACACUGUUGGGAAAAAACAUUAAAGACAACGUGUAUGGUAGUACACAGGCAUUCGAGGCAGAUGCUAAGUGGUUGUUACACAACAGCAUCAUAUAUAAUUCGUCUCAGUCUAAACUAACUUCAGCUGUCAAAAGUAUGAUUAAAAUUUGCAAACAAGAAAUGAUGGAAAUAGAAAACUGUCCCAGUUGUUAUUUGAAAGCCAACGUUAACAAAUCCACAUGGUUUGUUGAAGUAUGUCCGAAACCUCACAUGCUUGUUUGGGCUAAAUUAAAAGGAUUCCCUUAUUGGCCAGCAAAAGCCAUGUCCAUCAAUUCCGUUGGUAUGGUAGACGUUCGAUUUUUUGGAGCACAUGAUAGAGCUUGGGUACAUUGGAGAGAUUGUUAUCUGUAUUCUGAAAAAGAUCCGAACACAUUUAAGCAAAAAAGAUUUGAUAUUGAGAAAUCUGUGGAGGAACUGAACGUUUACAUUGAAAAUUUGAAAAAAAUUUACGGAGAAUUUCGCUAUGCGCCGUUCAGAACUCAACUUGAUCCAGAAAAUAUGUCCAAACAACUAAUUAUUUUCUUACCGAAAUAUAAAUCAAUCAUUCAAAGAAGAAGAUCUCUCAGAGAAACUUUGGAAUGCAAACAAGAGGAAACGACUGAUUCAAAAUCCGAUCAUAUUCAAGAAAAAUCGGAAGAAUCUGAUUGUAGUAAUUCCAAUGUAAAUAGUCCUGUAACUGAUAAUGACACAACCAUGGAAGGUUACGGUACCGAUGACGAUAUGCAAUCCGAAUUGGAUUUGGAAAGCAGAAAAGCGUUCAGUGACAAAAAAGUCUUGGACGGUGAUAGUAUAGAAGACGAAGAAGAUUUAGAUGAUACUCAAGUUCCAUCUAAUGUAUCUGCAGACACUACAGUACCCAAAGGAAAAAUAAAAACUAGGGGAAACUUGAAUAAUUCUAUUGGUAAAUUAAAGAUGUUGCCACGUCGUCCAUCUGAAAAUCAUCUUUCUGAAGAGGCAUUACCGAUAACAAAAACUCGUCGAAAUAGCGAUCAAAGCGUCAAAAGUGAUUCGAGUCGUAUAUCGAAUAUUUCUGAUAAAAUAAACCGAGUAAAUAUAUCAGAAAACAUGGAAAUCACCUUGGGUAAUGACGAUUUAGGUUGUGUAAGUAUCUUGGAGAAUAUGAGUCCUCCGAAUGGUGAAAGUUCGAGGUCGGAAAGCGAAUGUGGUAUUGAAAUAAAGAAGAAACCUAUACAAGUCGAUAUAAAUAACGCCGAGUUUUCCAUAUCACCUAAUAAACUGAAAAUCUCAGAUCAACUGAUUAAACGUUUGACUGACGUUAAAAAAAUUGAAGAAGUUAAGUCAAAAAUUACAGAACUUGAUAGUCCUGUAAAUAUUUCCCAGCCUUCCACCAGUAAUAGUGAAAAAGUUGAUUUAAACGGUGAUAUAAAUUCCUCUAUGAAGGAAAAAAAUGCUGAUAAUUCGUAUGAUUUGAUAGAUUUAGUGGACGAAAAACAAAAAAAUUUAAAAAUUAUUCAACCUUCAAUCAAAGAAUUUAUGACAGUCAAAGAAAAAUGUAAUACCGAUUCUAAACAAGAAGUAGAUGUAUCAAUUAGUAACAAAAACCAUGAAGACAAAGUAAACACUGUUGAAGUAGAAGACAUGGAGAUUGAUUCUACUGAAAAUAUAAAAGAUUCAAGUAAGCAACAAAAUGUAAACAACACAACAAAAGUUAUAUUGGAUGAGAAAAGAGUUAACGAGAAAUUGUAUGAUCAUAUGGAUUCAGUUUUAUCAGUGAAACCUUCCAGUUCUGAAAAAGAAGAGAACCUACCAGAAAAACAAGACAUUGUUGAAGAAUUGAUUACAAAAAAGAUAAUAAAUACUGAAAAACAAGACACAUCUGAAGUUAUAUUGGUGAAAAAUCUUCCAGGAAAAACCGACAAAACAUCAGAUAAAAAAGGAUCCUCAAAUACUUCAAAUCAAAAUGUAAUAAAUAUAAUAGAGGAGUACGAAUCGGACGAAGAAGAUGAAGAAGAGGAUACUAGAACAUCCAUACAAGUUGACAAACAAAAUAUUUUUGAUGUAAUACAUUCAUCAUUAAAAGAUAUAACAUUAAAAGAGAAAAACAAAACUAUGGUAAGCAUAGGUGAAGUACCAGAUAACAAUUCUGGAACAAAGGAAACAAAAAAGAGAAAAUUACCAUCAGAUGAACAACAAAGCCCAGCCAAAUUAGUAAAAAUUGUAUCAAUUGAAAGUAUACUGAACAGGAAAGAUGAAGAAGAUAAAUUAUCGAAUGUAGAAAAGCAAAUAGACAAAAAAAUAAUGGAAUAUCAAUCUGCGCCUGUUAGUGAAACUGGAGAAACAGAAAUAGCUCCAGAAGAUAUAAAAAGCGAACCGGAAAGCGAUUAUGAAAUGAUAGACGAUACAUACAAUAUGGAAGAAAAAAGAAAAUAUUUAUCGGCGUUAAAUAUACACGAGAAAACGGUGGAAUUGGAAAAGAAAGAGAAAAACGAAAUCAGAACGAGAUCUAAAGCUGAAGAAAAACGAGAACGAUUCAAAGUGGUUGAUAAUUUAACUAGAAUCAUAGAUGACGUUGCUGUAAACUAUAGUGCCACGCAUGGUAACGGAAGAGUUCCUCCCAAAAAACCAGAACGAAGAAGAAGUAGCACCAAUCCCCCCGCUCAAGAAGGGGAGAUAUACGUCAAAUCGUUCGCUAAACUCCACAGCGUUCCUGCCAAUAAGCAAAGAGCCAGAAAAACGUUUCCAUCGCCAUGCUAUUUUAAGGGGUCUCAAAGACAACUGGUACUUAGAAAAGAAGUAUCUUUAUUGCGAAGAGACGGACAAUCUCAGAAAUAUAUAACUUCCAACAAUGCAAAAUCUGCAACUACAACUAUCGAAAAACCCACACUUACUAUUAUGAAUCCUUCAGUAAGAACUACUGAUGUCAAUACAACAUCGGUUGUAACUCCUAUUAUUACAAGUACUUUACCAUCCGGUUCUGGAUCAUCACAGGUAAUAGAUUCACCUGCCCCGAGUAUAGUUCCGCCUACUUCUCUUCCAUUGGUAACGCAGCCGUCCCUCAAUCUGAUACAUAAUCAGAAAGUAGCUGAUUCGACUAUAACUAUUCCUCAUCAAAGCAUGGCUAUGGGUCACGUUAUUAUAAUGCCAAGUAACUAUUGCGCGCCCAUUUUGAGUACGGUAACUCCAACUCCAGCUUUGACAGCAUGUCCUCCGUUGCAUCAAACUCAAACAGUCGCCAAGACAGUUCCAAAUCUGAAAACGUCCCAAAAUUAUAUACCACAUAAUGAUGAAGGAUCAGAAAGCCCUUCACCACCUGCCAUCAACAGUUUAAAUGACUUCGUUAAUCAACAGCCAACUACAACGAAAACCUCACAGCAACAAGUUACAGAAAUAACUGAACCAGUGACUCAGUCUACGUCAACUAGUGAAGUCAUUUCUACAUCUAGUGACAAUCCUACUUCAUCUAAUACAAUAUCGAACGAGUCUCAUCGAGAUGAAGAAUUUUCCGUACUGAACGGCUUAAUACCUGAAAGUGUAAGUAAGGCUGUGAGCGAUUUAUUACUUAUGCCGCCACCAAGAUUGAAACCUAGACCUCCUGGUAUAAUCAGUCAACAUUUUGAAGAAGGCAUUCCGAGUACAGCUGGGGACGUUACAUCAAGGAUUAAUUCUAUAGCUCAUAGGAUGACAGAUUACUUCAGGGGUAUGUUAAUAGAAUCCCUAGGAGAUUUAGCUAAAACCAACAAUCCAGAAGCAACAAUACUCAGUUUGAAAUUGGAAAUAGAAACUAUUAAGCAUCGACAUAGCGUGGAAAUGGCAGAAAUCAGGAAAAAUAUGUGUAGCAUACUUAAGGAUGUACAGAGAAGUAUUAUAGAAGAGAGAACGAAAAUCAUAGAUGAGACAAGGGCAUCUUGUGAAGCUGAAACGAUACGUAGGGUAGAGGCUGCGAAAUCUAAACAGUGGUGCGCCAAUUGUCCUAAAGAGGCACAAUUUUACUGCUGCUGGAACACCAGUUACUGUGAUUACCCAUGUCAACAAAAACAUUGGCCCCAACACGCCGGAAAAUGUACGCAAAGUAUAGAAAAAACAACUGGUACGGGGGCUAUACCUCCGGCAAGAACCGGUCCACAACCGAUUGUUCUUCGGCCUUCAGGACCACCCAAACCAGGAGUGGGGAGAUUCAUCACUAAACCAACAAAGGUUUACAUGAAUAGGGCCGCCGCACCACAAAAGAACGUCAAGUCUGUACCAACUUCAACGUUAACAUUAGUAGAAACAACACCAGGUAAUUACGAAAUUUUAGGCAACGGUUCUAUUGGUAUAGCAGGAAAAAUAUUUACUUCUACUAAUUCUAUAACUACAACAAAAAGUAAAGGAACAACAGUAGGAACGUCCACAGUAACAACAGAUUCGAUUAGACCAACAUCAUCCACGAGCAGUCGAACUCAACACUGAAAAUUGUAAAACGUUGUAGGUCUUAUUAAUAUUUUUCGUUUCUAAAUGGAAUCAAAUUUUGUAUUUUCACUAGGGGAUGGGAGGAGAGAAUAGAUAAAUCCCUGAUUUUGGAUCAAAUAUGAUCCACGAAAGUCUACACAGAAUAUACAAGAAUCAAUAACCCAUAGUGAUGGUCUGAGUUUUAAUUAAUCUUUCCUUCUCUAUAUUCAUCAAGACAAAGAAUUAAUUUAAUGCUUGAUUAAAUAGUUUUCUUAUUUCUUUUAAUUAGUAUGUUUUGUUCACUAUUUUGGGAAUACUUGUCUGAUAAUAAGUAACGUACCGAGGCAAAGUGAUCUAAGUGCCAAAAUACAAAGUUACGGGAAAAUGAAAAAAACUGGUCAGUAACUCAAGUUUCUAGUUUAUCUUUAUUAAAAAGAACAAAACUUAUUAUAUAUAUUAUAAAACAGUGACAUUUUUAAAUUAAAAAUUUUUUUUGUGAGAGGAAUACAAGUUGUAAUUCUAAUUUAAAAAAGUAGCUAAAAAUUAAGUCCACAAACAGUAUUGUUUAAAAAAUCAUUUACUUUAUUUGAAUUAUUUUUGAAAAAAAAUUACGAUUUUCUUCUAAUAAAAAAUACCAACAUCGCUUUCAGAUCUUUUUUCUUAGCCUCACACAAUGGUUCUUCCUUUGCUAGGCCUGGAAAAAGAGCAUGUCGAAUUUUGUUUAUUGUCAUUCCUGGAUUCAUGUCUUUAAGAGAACUCCAUGGAACCUUAUCAUUGAGGCUGGUUUUAUAAUAAACAAUUCCUUGGCUUUUUUGGUGACACGCAUCUACUGUAGAAAAUGAGGAAUUUGGGUUCGAUCAUAUCAAAGCAGCCAUGGCUUACCAGAAAGAUGUAGAAGAAUAAAAGCGUAAGAUUUUUUUACUGACCUGCACAGUUAUAUCACUCCAUACACUCCUCCGAAAGAAUAAUUUUGAAAAACCCUACAAGAACACCAAACGGUAGAACUUGUUGAUUGCCGAGUUGGGGUACUUUUCUUUGAAAGCAAUAAAAAGGUGAUGAACGUUCAAAUCAGGACUAAGGAACUCUUUCUGAGACUUACCACGCAUGUAAUGAUUUUCAUCUCGUGGAAAAGUAUUAAUAUGUUCUCGGACAUCACACCUGUCCUUGUAGGUGUAUUUGAAUCUCACCAAACCAUUUCGAUUGUCUUGAAAUACCGAUUCUCUCUUUUUGUUUACAAUUGUGGUAAGUUUUUGUGGGUUCAUGUCAAAAAUUUCUAGGAAAGUUCUCUUAAGUGCUCCUGUACCAUCAGGUUACACAAAACUCAAACUGUAUUUAAUUUAAUUUAUUAUGAAUUGCUAUCAACACUAACCUGGUUGAUUUGUGAACGCUUCCCUUGUCUGUUUUUUUUUUUGUUUUAUCAGUCAUGUAUGGCUUUCCACUCACACGAGCCUCGCUCUCCCGCUUCCUAUUUCUUUUAAUUUUUUCAAAUUCUUCAGGAGAAACUUAAGUUGGAAUUUCUAGAACCGUUGUUGAUAUUUGUACUGAAUACACUGUUUACACCAUCACUCACAAUUACACUAUUGGACGAGCGUUUCGAUAACCUUCUUCAGAAACUUAAACAGUUCUUCAGAUAGUGUAAUUGUGUGUAUUAAGUAUCAGGAGAAAAUACUUUGCAGUUCAUUUUGAAAUGAAAUAAUUACUUAACCAACAGGUAAUAACGAACCAGGACAAGAACAACAUUAAAUCGAGAAGGUAAUAAAUGUUGCGAUGCUACAUCAUUUUGCAUGAAAAAAAAUUUGAUCACUUUGCUCCGGAACGCUUUAAUUUUAAAUUAUCAGAUACAUUUUUUUUUCGUAUUUUAAAAAGUUUUCCACAAGAAUAAAAAUGACUAAUAUUUUCUGAUUUUAUGAAAAAUAAUAGACAAACUUAGGUAGAAAGUAGUAUAAUAUCAAUGUUUGAUUAACGUUGUGACUGAAACUGAUGUUUUAUUAUUAUUAUUUUCUUUUUAAUUUAAUGUAAAUAUUGGGGAUGUUGAAUAUUUUAUGUAAAAAGAAGUGACCAAAAACUAAAGUGCAAAAGUAAUAUAUGUCAAAUAAAUCUAAAUAAUAUUUGAAAGAAUCUGAUAAAGUGGGAAUACAAUAUUUCAAGUAAUUUUUAGUAAACCAGGGCUACUUUCUGAUACAUUUUUUCGAAUAAGUCAAAAAGUGUUUCACAGAAUGUCUUGAAAAUAAUUAGUUAUACCGAAAUUACUAAAAGGCUUCGUCUAAAAUAUAAAUAAUUGUUGAGCAAAAAACUAUUGAUUUGGGUGCACAAGUUGGAAACAUUUAUAAAAUGCUUUAUAAAUUCCAUUUAAAUCAGGACUAUGCCCAUGUUACCAUAAAAUAAAUAAUAUUAGAUCUGAUACACAAAGACAAAGGUUUGUCGAUGUCAUUAGAGUGUUCCUUGAACAGAAUUGGUGACUCUUUUGCUUUAAAAGUUGGGGAAUCUCUUGGUUUAUGCCAGUCGUACUGAUAAAUUGUUCUUGACAAUAAGAUUAUUAAGAAAAUCAUCUGGAAUAUUAUUUUUAAAUAAUAUGACAUUUUUUUCCUUGUUUUUCUAUUUUCUUAUUAGUACCAUUACAUUGUAUUUAGUUUAUGGGUAUCCCCAAUUGGCGACAGUUCCAAGAGUAUGCGUAAUGGAGGCCACUUCUUCGUCAACUUUUGGGUGACCAACUGGGCUCAAUUUCUUCCGAGAAGCUUCUGUUGUAGAGUUGCCCGAGGGUUAAAAGACAUGCCGGCCCUAAUGGCUUCAACUGCAUUUUGAGUAUCUUCAAUAAACGAGAAUCAACUAGAAAACAAAAAAAAAUACAGAUGUGCCCAAGUAGUAGCCCCGGGAUGCCCAAGUAGCUCCGGUUUAUGAUACAUGUAUUACUUUGUAUGUAAAUAUUGUUGAUCGAUUUAAUAACUAAAUUCAACAAUUUUUUAUUGUCACUAAACUAGUUUUUGUAAUACAAACUAUUCAUUAUUAUUUUUAUGUAAAAAUAUUAUUCUUUUUUUGCUCCAUACUAUGUAAAUAUUUUUGUAAAUAUAGUUAUGGAAUUGAUAAAUAUUUUAAGGCUCUACCCUUUUUAUUACUUAGCUUAGGAUAUUUACGAAUAAUUCGCGAAGUAGAUGUAACGAUAUCAACAUUGAUCUGCUAUUUUUUUAUACAUUUUUGAUUUUUAUUUUUUUUGUGUAUAUAGUUUGGAUCAAUGGCCUGGUGGAAGUCCAAAGUUUUGAAUUUAAACAAUGUAUGUCAGUUUUUUCCAAGAUUAUACUAUUAUAUAUGUAAAAGUUUUACUUUUUCAAUAAAUUUUUGGUUAUUUCUA